GGAUGAUGGUAUAAAUAUUAACAAUUUUGUCCUAGAUUAUGUCACUCAGCUGAAAUUUGCCCUUUAAAUCCAGUAUUAUCCAGUAACAUUUUAUCCAAUAAUUCUGUAUUAGACCACAUUUAUAUGUUUUAAUUAGGACUUGUCAGUCUUCUUCCCCCACCCUCAUUUUUAUUUAUGUUGACAUGACGUGCAGCUAAAAACCAAACUGGGCACAUUCAACACAGAGUUGACACUGGAUACAGGCCCCCAGCCCACAUGUAUAAAUAGAUCCACGGGGACAAACAUGGCAGAGACCUUUUAGUCUAAUUUUGAGAAUUAUUCCAGUCUAGAAAAACAGAUUUAGCUUGUCUGUGUAAACCCACAUGAACCCUGUAGUUCCUCUGAAGAAAAGGCAAAAGAUCCAACCCAGCAAACAGAUGACACAUCCACUUCUUCACAUGCCAAUGCUUCAGAUGAAACAUAGGAAGCCCGGUUUUCUAUUUCAAGAUUACGCUGAGCGUGAAAACCUGAGCAUGCCCGCUCAGAAUGAGAUCAACAUAGUGGCGAGGAGAGGGCCAGCGACUUCAUCAGGAGAUUGCAGACAAUGGAUGCUGCGAAUGAGGACUUCUCACGGCAGGAUGUCGACCCCGAGAUGACAAUGCUGACAGCGGAGGAGGAGGAGGUCACAGAGCAGAGCGCUGAUGGCGGCGAUGAAGUGGAAAACCUACGGAGGAGUUUACGUGAGGCCGUCCAUGACGACAGCGUCCGCCCCAAGAUGCAGUGCCUGAUGAUGGACUCCUCCUUCUCCAUGGUGACGAUGCAGGGGGAAGACAGCGGGAUCGCGUGGGAGACGAACCCCAGUCGCUCUGCCACGCCGUGGGCCUCUGAAGCUGGAGACUUCACCCCUCCGGUUCCCGUCCGACCUGCAACACCGGGGUCACACCCAGCUGGGAAGAUCAUUUUUGAGAUGGACGAGGAGAUGAUUUCAAGACAGAGGAAGACCAAAGAGAGGGCUUCCGGUCAGAAGAGCAGGGUGGGAAAACGUCCAGAAGUCCUGGAGCUGAGCUCAGAUAACAUCUCAGGACGACCGGAGCUAGUGGAAGUCUCUCAGCCGAAUGUGAAAGCGGACGCAGAAGGAGAACAAGAGGAGGAGGCUGAUCAUCUGGAAAACAAGAUGCAGCGGUUGUUCAGCAUCGUGUCAGAGGGCUCAGAAAUCCUGAACAUUGUCGUCCCACCGAAGAUGGCCACUGUGGACGAGGAGGAGAGCAGAGAAAUGGCGGACAACCUGUCGUACCUCGAGGAAGUUCCUGUUCCCAGAGCCAGUGAGGAAAUCCAAGACUACGAAACGCUGACCUUAGGUGAACCUGAAGUCCAGUCAGCUCCACCAGCCACAUCUCCAAGAGUCAGACUUCAAGGUACGAUGGAUCCUCCAGGAGCUCCAGUCGCCAGGCCUCCAGGAAGAGCAGCUGUCGGGAAUUUGGACUACUUUGAAGCCUUCUUCCUGGUUGAUGCUCAGGCCCCUGGGGGUCCUGCUAUGAUCUCACCUGGGCAGGAGGUACCAGAGGCGGGGGCCCCUGGAGAGACCAACAAUACUGAAACUCAAAGAAACGUUGGAGAUGUCACUGUUUGCGCAAACAUGGACAGAGACGAGUCGGACACUGUCAGUUUAGGAGAAAUCACCAGCGAGCUUCUGGAUGAUGUUUUCUACGCCGGCACCGACAGCAAUCCAAUGAAGAGCCUGGAUUCAGCGCAUGGAGGCAGAGCAGCUGCCGGUUCAAUAUCCAGACUUCCAUCCAAGCCAAGUGGUUCCAGUCUGUUUGGAAGCCAAGAGGACAUCCUGACUCCUAUCUUCCUCCCCGAAGGACCUCCAAAAAUUAUUGAUCCAAUUUUGCUUGAGGAGCCCAAAGCCAUGGCUUUCCUCUACACCGACCUGUACGAGGAGGCGCUGGGCAGCCGGAAAAAAGAGGAGGACGCGGAAAGCGUGACGUCUGAGAAGUCCUUCCACAGCAGACACUCAGACCGGGAGGCCAGGGGAUAUUUGGAGAAGUUUGUUCUCAUAGACGAGACCCCGGUGGUGGAGGCGGAACAUUCAGACAAGGAAAAACCAGCAGAGGGAGAACCACGGGUUCUGACAGGAGACGGCUUUGAUGUCGAAGACUUUCUGCCCAGAAGCGAACAUGCGGAAAUGCAGCAAACAGAGGAGAUCACAGACUUCUUCAGGUCCAGCGCCAAUUCUUCCCCAUGUGACGCCGAACGUCUUCCUCCACCUUUGGAAGAAGACGAUACAGAAGUUAUCUCAAAGAAAAUCCCCAAGGUACAAAAAAGUGUCUCCAUUGCAGAAGAGAAAGUCCCAGAAGUCCAUCUGGAUCCACUCAGCCUAUCAAACUUUGAGUUCCCCCCUGAGGAACCAGACUGGGGAGGUAUGGACGAUCCUCCCACCGCUGAGGAGGAUGUGUUUAAACACGAGGAGUUAUGGAAACACGAGGCAGCCAUAAGCAAACCAGAUCCCCCUCCCAGGAAGAAGACGACAUCUAAAGCAAGGCUAGAUCUUACUCCUCUAACUCCAGUCGACGGUAUUCCGAUGCAGAACCAAGAGGAAGCUGGAGGAAAGGAGCAGAGGGAGGAGGAGAAGGAGACGGCAUCACCAGCGGAGACGACAGACGACAGGGACGGUGUCGACGGCGGGGAAACAAUUUCUGAGGCGGCUCUGUCCGAGGCCAUCCUGACCGCGCUGAAAAUGGAGAUCUCUGCGAGUAACGGCGUUCAAGACGGCGACGAAACAACCACAGCAGACGAGAACGGCGAGAAAACAGGGGAGGAGGAAACGAGGACUGAGGCGGACACAGUGGCGGCGGGACACAAUGACCCGAAGGAGGCAGACGUUGAAACGGAGGUCAAUCCAGAGAAGCCAGUGGAAGGUUCAGCCGCUGUUCCUCCGACCAAAACCAAGGGGCAGUGCAUCAUCCUUUAAUCUAGAAACUUCUGUGACAGAUCUGAGGAAACUCCUGCCAGCUUCACACACACAAAUAUGAAUGAGUUUGUCUUCAAAAAGUGUUGGUGUCACUCUGACGGAAGACCCACUUUAAACCAGGUCCCUCCAGCAAUAGUGCAUGUAGAAGUCUGGGUCACAAGGAGUGACGGUGCAAAACGGCGGGGUGUGCCGUCUUCUAUAAAUAAGCCUCCUUGGCCUUUAACCUGACACCUUGUCUCAGAAGACUGUGUGCAGCACCCACUUAUAAACAGUCACAGAUAAGAGAUCAACACCCGUUGUUGUGGAGCUUUUCGUAAUGCUUACUCAGUUCUAAAAGUUUUAAGAAGUCGUGGCUUUCCCUUUGUUACGGAGCCCCUUUUUGCUAAAUAUUAAUUUCUCAGAUUUAGUUUUUCAUUUCUAUUUUCUGCUAAAGAAUCUAACAAGAUUAAAGCCUAAAGCGGCGUUGUAAGGGUGUUACUCGUCCCCACAGGCUAAGCGGCCCCUCAAUCACCCCUUUUGCCCCUCCCAGCCUGGUCAGAAGUGCGUGUGACAAAUUCAUUACAAAAACAACACUUUUUUUCAAAAUGCAAGUUUUCUGUUGGCUUUAUCUCCAUAGCAACCAUUUUAUUUUUGGGUUGCCUGGUGGUGACGAAUUGGUCUAUGUCAUUUUUUUUUUUUAUAACUUGUCCUGUCCAACAGCUAGGCAAACAGAUGAGAGCUGAGGGCCUCUUGUGUUGGACAUAUUUUAUUUUAACAAGAGGUCUAUGUCAUUUUUUGAAGAAUCUGCAAAAGUAAAUUUUUGAAUUUCCUUAACAACUGAAGUUUUUUUGUUAACCACGCUCACAUUACAGAUAUUUUCAUACCGUAUGUCAUAUCACUUUUUUCAGCUUACCCUAACAUUUCAUGUAUUAAAUUUUCACAAUUCUUCUGUAAAAAAUGUGUGAGCCAUAAAGGAGCGCCACUUUUGUGAGCUCGCACACUCCAAAUUUAAAACCAACAUUUUUUCCCAAGUAGCUCCCCAAUGAUGCUCGAGCAGUCAGUAGGCUAUAGAUAAAAAUCCUUAAGAGUUUAAAUUUGUAGCUGGUACUAAAGGCGAUUUUUAAAUAAUUUUUUUAAUUCAAGAAUGGCGGCCUCUUACCGAGGUCAAAGGUUGUGGUUGUAGAAUUAAGCUGGUGGUGUGUAUGUAAAAUUUUGUUAUCACUCAAACAAAAAUUUUGUUUUCUCAAAUUGAACAAAGAUGUGAAAAAAUCAAUUGCAACUGCAGUUGAUGCCUACACCUGAUUCAAAAAAUGCGAUCUGGAGCCCCGCCUCCUUUGCUGACACAUGCGCAUAGAAAUGCACAAAUCACAUAUGAUAAAGGUGUAAACGGUACACACAAACUAUUAGGUGCAGUAUGAAUAUAUAUUUUUUUGUAAAAUAACAAUUUUACUUCUACAGAUUUAUGUGGUGCACUGCUGAAAUUCGGCGCCCUCUGGAGUAAAACCCACGCAUGUUGAACCUGACCAACCCUUGUAGUUUGUUCAUUCACCGGUAGGUGGCAGCAGAAAGCCGACUGUUUGAAAAAUAAACAGUCCUACAACUUGUGCCCUGAUUGGCAUACCGUUUAAGUAUGCUCGCUUUUUUGGGAUCAGGAAAAGGGUUUAUAUUAUAUCAGUUCAUUUUAUUUAUUAUUUAUUUUUUUGUGGAGGUAUUUUAGCCGACAGCAUCGAGGUUGUAGUUUGGACACUCGUGCUGCGUUUAAAGGGGGUCUGACAUUAAAAUUUUAAUUUUCCAUCUAAUGAUUUAAAUAGAAAACACCGCAAGAAAAUACAUUUUCUUUAGUAUGUGAUGUGUAAAACCCCUGCAUUAAAUCAUCAUGUUUAAUAAAAAAGAUAAUUUGGUUGACUUUAA